AUGUCGAGGCCCAAGGGACUCUUAUGGGUCCCACUGUUCUGCACGCCCGUGUGCGUCAUGGUCAACUCCAACGUUCUCCUGUGGAUAACCGCGCUGGCCAUCAAAUUCACUCUAAUCGACAGCCAGGCCCAGUACCCGGUUGUCAACACAAAUUAUGGCAAAAUCCGGGGCCUAAGAACACCACUGCCCAAUGAGAUUUUGGGUCCCGUGGAGCAAUACUUGGGGGUGCCCUAUGCCUCGCCUCCCACAGGGGAGAGACGGUUUCAACCUCCCGAACCCCCAUCCUCAUGGACAGGGGUACGAAACGCUACUCAGUUUGCAGGUGUGUGUCCCCAACAUCUGGACGAGAGAUCUUUAUUGCAUGACAUGUUGCCCAUCUGGUUCACAGCCAAUCUGGAUACUCUGAUGACAUACGUACAAGACCAGAACGAAGACUGCCUGUAUUUAAACAUCUACGUCCCCACGGAAGAUGGAGCCAACACAAAGAAAGUCGCUGAUGAUGUAACAAGUAAUGAUCGUGCUGAUGACGAAGACAUUCAUGAUCAGAACAGUAAGAAGCCAGUGAUGGUCUACAUUCACGGUGGAUCCUACAUGGAAGGAACCGGGAAUAUGAUCGACGGCAGCAUUUUAGCCAGCUAUGGGAAUGUUAUCGUCAUUACCAUCAACUACCGCCUGGGAAUAUUAGGCUUUUUAAGUACCGGGGACCAGGCAGCCAAAGGUAACUACGGCCUCCUGGACCAGAUCCAAGCCUUGCGGUGGGUCGAGGAGAAUGUAGCAGCCUUCGGGGGAGAUCCCAAGAGGGUGACCAUCUUCGGGUCGGGAGCCGGAGCCUCCUGCGUCAGUCUUCUGACUUUGUCGCACUACUCAGAAGGCCUCUUCCAGAAAGCCAUCAUCCAGAGCGGGACGGCCCUGUCCAGCUGGGCCGUGAACUACCAGCCUGCCAAGUACACUCGGAUGCUGGCAGACAAAGUGGGCUGCAACAUGCUGGACACCACGGACCUGGUGGAAUGCCUGCGGAAUAAGAACUACAAGGAGCUCAUCCAGCAGGCCAUCACGCCGGCCACCUACCACAUCGCCUUCGGGCCGGUCAUCGACGGGGACGUCAUCCCCGACGACCCCCAGAUCCUCAUGGAGCAGGGCGAGUUCCUCAACUACGACAUCAUGCUGGGCGUCAACCAGGGUGAGGGGCUCAAGUUCGUGGACGGCAUCGUGGACAACGAGGACGGCGUGACGCCCAACGACUUCGACUUCUCCGUGUCCAACUUCGUGGACAACCUCUACGGCUACCCCGAGGGCAAGGACACCCUGAGGGAGACCAUCAAGUUCAUGUACACGGACUGGGCCGACAAGGAGAACCCCGAGACCCGGCGCAAGACGCUGGUGGCCCUGUUCACCGACCACCAGUGGGUGGCUCCUGCCGUGGCCACGGCCGACCUGCACGCGCAGUACGGGUCGCCCACCUACUUCUACGCCUUCUACCACCACUGCCAGAGCGAAAUGAAGCCGAGCUGGGCGGACUCGGCCCACGGGGACGAGGUCCCCUAUGUCUUUGGCAUCCCCAUGAUCGGCCCCACUGAGCUCUUCAGCUGCAACUUCUCCAAGAACGACGUGAUGCUGAGCGCUGUGGUCAUGACCUACUGGACCAACUUCGCCAAGACCGGGGACCCCAACCAGCCUGUCCCCCAGGACACAAAAUUCAUCCACACCAAACCCAACCGCUUUGAAGAAGUGGCCUGGUCCAAGUACAACCCUAAGGACCAGCUCUACCUGCACAUCGGCCUGAAGCCCAGAGUCCGCGACCACUACCGGGCCACCAAGGUGGCCUUCUGGCUGGAGUUGGUCCCCCACCUGCACAACCUCAACGAGAUCUUCCAGUACGUGUCCACCACCACCAAGGUGCCCCCUCCGGACAUGACAUCGUACCCCUACGGCACCCGGCGCUCCCCGGCCAAGAUCUGGCCCACCACCAAGCGCCCGGCCAUCACCCCGGCCAACAACCCCAAGCACUCCAAGGACUCUCAGAAGACGGGGCCCGAGGACACCACGGUCCUCAUCGAGACCAAGAGAGACUACUCCACGGAGCUGAGCGUCACCAUCGCCGUGGGCGCCUCCCUGCUGUUCCUCAACAUCUUGGCCUUCGCCGCCCUGUACUACAAGAAGGACAAGAGGCGCCACGAGACGCACAGGCGGCCCAGCCCGCAGAGGAGCACCACCAACGACAUCGCGCACAUGCAGAACGAGGAGAUCAUGUCCCUGCAGAUGAAGCAGCUGGACCACGACCACGAGUGUGAGUCCCUGCAGGCGCACGACACCCUGAGGCUCACGUGUCCCCCAGACUAUGCGCUCACGCUGCGCCGGUCCCCCGACGACAUCCCACUCAUGACCCCCAACACCAUCACCAUGAUCCCCAGCACCCUCACGGGCAUGCAACCCCUACACACGUUUAACACCUUCAGCGGGGGGCAGAACAGUACAAAUUUGCCGCACGGACAUUCCACCACUAGAGUAUAGCUUUUUGCUGCCCUCCAACCUUCCCCUCUCUCCUGCCUUCUGUCCCCUUCUGCCCAGUAGAAGACAUCAAGCAGAUGUGCAAAGACAAAAAUCUCCACACCAGGAAAGCUCUUCAUCUCUACGGAUUAGGAUAACAUUGUGGCAAAACAACAACA